AUGAACGGAUUGAUAAAGAGUGUUCAUGAAUUAAUCAAUCAAGAUUGUUUUAAGAAGCUUUUUAUUGAAUCACAUAAGAAUUUUUGUCUUAUCUACAGUUAUGUUUUCGGGAUUAUCAUUCCUUUACAAGAGCGUUCCCGACAACCUGAUGAACUGAAACACUUUCGAUUCUAUUUCAAUAACUUGAGCAAUGUUUAUCAUGUGUUCAAAUCAACGGAAUUGUUACUUCAUCGACACCUGCAACUCUUUCCCCUAAUCUACGAUUCAUUCAAACAACUUAGUGGUGAAUACGGUCGGUCCANCUGGAAUGGUGACUAUCACACCAUUGGCUUUGGUAACUAUGGCUAUGGCAUCUAUACACAAGAUAGUGGAAUGUAUGUCAAUCCAUGGAAUGGACAUGUUGGUGUUGAACGAGAAAUCGACUUCACUCCACUAGAUGCACUUCACUUCCAACCAUACACUGGAGUUCCUGCAUCCAUUCGCCAGCACUAUAUCAGUUAG